AUGAUUUACGUCGUCAAGGGGUCCAUACACAUCGGAUUUGUGGCGACUGACAAUAGACUUUACGAUGGAGUUCUGGAAGAGUGCCAUGCCGCAAUCCUCCCCCACGGACUUCUUCACUUCUCCUUGAACGUUGGCAAGGGCCAGGCAGAGGUAAUCGCCUCGUUCAACAGCGAGAAUCCUGGUCUUCGAAUGACUUGUUCGGCAGCUCCGACAUUGGCAACGUCGUGCUCGACAAGGGGUUCGGGAUCAAUGAGAAGACAGUCAAGUCGCUCUCAAGGCUCAGUUCAAGGCCAAGUCGUUGGGUUUUUUCUGGACCCUCGGUGGAUUGCAUCCAAGCUUGUGGACUGA